GAGGCUGGGAGGUGCGGCGCUGUCAUGGAGGACGCCGAGACGCCCCGGCAGAUGGAAGGCGUCGCUGGAAGGCCUGGGGCGCCGUCGGCGACGAGUCCGGGAGGAGCGCUGGUGGAGCUCACCGCGACCCCCGGCGGCCUGGCCCUGGUGAGCCCCUACCACACGCACCGGGCCGGGGACCCCUUAGACCUCGUGGCGCUCGCAGAGCAGGUGCAGAAGGCUGAUGAAUUCAUCCGAGCAAAUGCCACCAAUAAGCUGACAGUCAUAGCUGAGCAAAUCCAACACUUGCAGGAACAAGCCAGGAAGGUGUUGGAAGAUGCUCACAGAGAUGCUGAUUUGCACCAUGUAGCUUGUAAUAUAGUGAAAAAGCCUGGCAACAUAUACUACCUUUAUAAGCGGGAGAGUGGUCAGCAGUACUUUUCCAUUAUUUCUCCAAAGGAGUGGGGGACAGGUUGCCCACAUGAGUUCCUUGGUGCCUUCAAACUCCAGCACGACUUGUCCUGGACUCCAUAUGAAGACAUUGAGAAGCAGGAUGCUAAAAUCAGCAUAGUGAGCAAGUUGCUAAGCCAGCCAGUGGCCCUGCCUCCAGGCGCUGAGCCCAGCCUCCAGGGACUGACACACUGAGAGUGGACACUGGCAGCCUGCUGGCACAGCCGGGACCCGCCGCCUCCGCCUUGUCCCUCUCUGCUUCAGUGGGAGCUGCGUGAGAACUGAGGGGAUGUUGGUGAAUCAUGAACUUCUUAGAAACCUGUAUGAAUGUAAAUGUUGUCAUUGUUAAUCACGUAUGGGUGGGAUGGUAAUGAUUUACAUUUUGGGAUCCUCUCUGGGCCACAGGUCCCUAAUCCAUCAGUUAGGCAUGCUUGUGUGUCCUCCCCAUCUCCUCAUUGCCAUCUGUUACCCUCAGAAAUCAGAGCAUGAGAGAAAGAGAAGUCUCUUCUUCCCACAGUCAGGUUGGCAAUUCUUCUGCUGAAUAGGCUGCUUUUAGUCUUUAGGAACUGGAAAUGUUUAAGAUUGGGGCUGGCUCUCAACAAUGUAACUUCGGCUUCAGAUUCAUCUGGAGCAAGAAUGUUGGGUGGAGGAGGAUUAUAAACAGCUUCACUUGCCUGGAGUAGAGAGUGUGAUGCUGGUACGUCUGCACCACUGGGGAGGUUUGAGCUGCCCUUUCUGCCUAGCUAGAGUGACCAGAGAGCCUGAGGCAGCAGCACUGGCUAGGAUUGGGGUGGGUCAGCUUCUAACACAGGUUUUGGACUUGGAGGAGAUGCGGUGCUGGUUGUAGGUGGCACUGGGCAUUGUAGGAAUGCACUCAGCAGCUUGGCGAGGAGAAGGUUGAGUCCAGUGGCAGCAGCAGGACAAAUCAUGUACACAGCUGCUUUAAAAUACUAUGAAAAAGAAACUAGAGCAAUGGUGAGAAACAAGAAAACAGCCGUUGCGUUGAUUAUAAGUUAGUUCAGAUGGAAACUCAGUUUGACCUGAAUUAUUUGCAAACUUAGAACUGAGGCUUUUGAGCUAGAUUAUUCUUUUCUGAUUUGAGAGGGGUCCUUGUGAGACUCUUCUUUAUUUUGUUUGUUCAGAGUAUUAACUAACUUUACACGCAGGCUAUACUGAUACUGGUGCCAUGUAAUCUAUAAGAACAUGCUUUAAUGUACUAAGAGAUGUGUACUUGAAACUACUUCUAAGUUCCUUACUGGGGGUGGAUGUCUGUCGUGCAAUUUUCUUGAGGAUACCCUAACCCCAUUCUGGUGUUCUUGGCCUGGUCUUAUAAGCUGUGCUUCUUGUGAGUUAUAUGUGGCCUGCAAAAUCCUAGCAUAAGAUGGGGCUUGAACCUGACAAGGUCCCACGGGUGAUACUGGGUGACUCAGUUCACGGGGCAAUGUUCUGUUGAACCAGCUGCAAAAGCCUGAGUGGACACACACACAGUAGCUGAUUCUGACUUGCGAAAGCACCCCAGCUUGUCAGAAGGCUCAGAGCUGCAUGAUAAUGAUAUAUUUUGAGUAGGUGCUUUAUUGCUGCAUAAAUAACCACACAUUUAAUGACUUAAAACAUAUAUUUAGUAUUUCAUAGUAGACCAGGGGUCAUCUUCACUUAACUGGGUCCUCCGCUUCAGGGUUUCUCACAAGGCUGCAAUCACGUUACUGGCCAGGGCUGGGUUCUCAUCUGAAGGGAGACUCAACUGGAGGAGGAUCUGCUUUCCAGCGUACUGCGUUGCUGGCAGAAUCUCCUUCCUCAAGGGUUGAUGGGCUGAAGCGCUCUGCUCACUAACAUACUGUCAGCCCAAGGCUGCCUUCAGGCCUCUGCUACUUGGGCGUAGCCAAAACGACAACUUUCUUUGUCCAAGUCAGCAAGGAUGAGGGUCUGCUAGUAGGAUGGAAGCUAUAUACUCAUGUAGGAAUUUUUAGUAGUUUAUGGCUGCUUAAAAUUGCCACAAAGUGACACAAUCCCUUUAAUACCAUGUAUUCUAUUGCUUAGAAGCAAGUCACAAGGUCAGCCUACACUCAGUGGAGGGAACACUGGGGCCUGACUACUGGAAGGCAGGGAUAUUGAGUCAUCGGAAAGGUCCCACUGUCAAUCUUCUUGCCACAGUGCACAGAGACAGAGAAAGGCGUGUGGGGUAAAAGGCAGGGUGACAAGGCGGCUAAUGAGCAUGGUGGUGUUCAAGCCACAUCUGGACUUGUCUCUCAACCCUGACAAAGUAGCCGCCCACCUGGGACCCUGCUGCCUCCUCUGCCCCUCUCCAGCCCUUUCUGUGUAGGGCAUCAGCCAGCUGCUGUGAAAAUGAAAGUCUUCCUCAUUCUUGAGGUAACUACUCGGACAGAAAAACAGUGUAUCCAACAAAGAGAACUCCCUUCUGCUCAAUAAGGUGCAUCCCCCACACUGGCCACCAGCUUGUAUCAUUGCUCUUUUCCUGAUUAAGCAAUCACAGAGCUCAGGGAAAGUGGAGGUAGCUCUCAGAAUGGGGAAGAAGGGUGCAGUAAUACAGUGACCAUUUUUCGUUCACUUGUCCAUCUGUCUAUCUGACCAUUUCUUGAGAUUAGGUACUUUGUAGUUCCAGGUUCUGGAGAGUGAACAGAUGAGGAAGACAGGCCCCUGUUUGUAAGCAGCUCACAGCUUUAUAGGCUAUGAAAGCAAGUCAAGCUCACAACACGGUAGAAGAAGGGCUAGGACAGGCAUUUGUGGAGCAUGGUAUCCUGUGGAGCGGCGCCUGACACCUUGGAGACUGGCAAGACUCCUUGGAGUAGCUGAUACCUGUGUAGAGGUUAAAUAAGUUAAUGCUUGUGUCAGCUACAACCUUCCCCUCUACAGAGAUUGUCUUCAGGGGUUCAGUUGGGGUUUACUUUUGGAUGGGGUUUGUGAGUGGAAAAGGGAUAUCCACUUAACCAUAUCAAUCACUUGACAAUCAGGAUGGGUGAGGAGAGAGACGUGUGUGCUAGAAAACUUGCUUCGCACAGCUAAGAGAUAGGUAAGUGAAGACUGGGAUGAAAAUCAAUGGCAGACCAAAAAAAAAAAGAAAAGGUGAAGGUUGUUGACAAGGCAAUAAGACAUUUGGGGGGUUGUAGCCAGUUUCAGGUGAAGAACUUUGCCAGGGGUGAAAGGAGAAGAGCAAGUUAAGGGGUUUGAGGUAACACUGCCCUUCUAGCAUCUCAUUUUGGCAGCAUAGGGGCGGGGAGCGAAGACCACUAGCGGCCUCCAUCCCCACCCCUCGUCCAGGCACUGGCCGACAGAGAUCUGAACUGAGACAGGGGAGGUGGAAAGAGUUGCCUUGUUUCAUCAAUUUAAGGGAUACUGUUCUUCCCCCAUACUUUAAUACUUCUGAAACCGGGAUGCUUCUAAAAGAUGACAGCCUGUUAUAAUGUAAGUGGCAGCGUAUUUUUUUUCUUAGGGUGACAUAAAACAAUGAUGUUUUUGAA